CUCCGUGCCGUGCGGACGUCGCUCUACUCAUGCAUAUCACCACACAUCAGCUUAAUAUUAUGAUCGUUUUUAUUCAAAUUGUGUUAGAAAACACAGUUGGUAUCAAUUAAAAUUAUAUUUAUCGAAUAACCUAUUUAAUCUCGUUUUAAUUUCUGAUCAGAGUGAGUUUUCUUUGUUCGGGGAUUGUCAGUGGUGAAGGCGGUUAAUUCGGUUUAGAUUAUUAAUGUCAAUUGAACUCUAAAAGUACACCAUGUGGCAAUUCGAGGACUCCGAGAUAUAUUCCAUAGGGAUGAUCCAUCCUUCCAACAGCCGGCAUUCGGGGCUAUCUAUGCUGUCUGGAGUAUCCCAGUUUUCAGGCAUCUCCACGUUGUCUGGCUGCGGAUCUCCAGACCAGCUGGACCGGCUGCCAGAGCUGCCAGCGGCGGAGGAGAAGAGGCUGCGCCGCGCUGCCCAGAUCCUGCAACAAAGGCUCGUGCUUCGCCAGUGGUUGGCCACCCAUAGGCUGCAGCACACCUACUCCAAACUCCUCAGCCUGGAUGUGUCGUCCCUGGAAGACGUGUACUGGCUGGAGGACAGCACGGCGCGCCACGUGCUCGACCCGAAAGACUUCGGCGCGUGGUCGGCCGCCCGGCAGAGUCUACCCACCGGCAAGGAGGCGCUGCAAACCCUCAAAGCUGAUCUAUGGAGCGCUGUCGUCAAAAACAGCAAACACCAAGACGCUUGGACCUGGGGUGGGAUGCUGGUGGUAUCAGUGUCGGUGUGCGGGCUGGUGACGCUGGCCGCCAUGACGCAGCCCUCGCUCGCGCCCGAGGCCAAGCACUCCUUGCUGCAGUACGUCACCGGGAAAUAUCUACACCCGCCUAGUUGUAGGGUAGAAUGGGGUUGGACAGAGCCCCAAGCGGUGGGAGAGACCAUGUGCUUCACCGUCCACUGCUUCCAACGCAAUGGUCAGCCCUACCCCAUCUGUGACACAGACGAACUCACGGUGGCCAUUACCCACGGUUCCAGGAAAGUGAGUGGGGUUGGAUUUAACUUCUGGCAGGUGACGGCGGUCAUAGAGCUCGGGUCGGGUGACCCGGCGCAGGCCAAUACUGCGCGGGUCAAGUUUACUGUCAGGCAGGCUGGGGUUUACAUCGUGUCCGUCAUGAUCGGGCUGGUGCCGGUGGCGGGCAGUCCGUUCCGCAAGUGGUUCACGGCGGGCGGCGUGGAGGCGCGGCGCUCGCGCGUGGGCCGCGCGCACCACGCGCUCGUGUUCGCGGCGCGACACGCGCGCGCCCUGCACGUGCACCCGCGCGACCACUACGACAACCCCGCGCCGCUCACCGACCACGAGUCUCUCCAGGGGUUCUCAAUCGAGAUCAGUCCGCUGGGUGGCGAAGUGGACGAGUCGCUAUCAUCCGCGGCGACAUUUUCAUACGACUCAGUGAACCAGCGAGUGAGCGUGUCUCUGUGCUUCGAGCGCGCCGGCCUGUACCGCGCGCGAGUACUGUACCGCGGACAGAUGCUGCAUAAUGGGGAGUUUGACUGCAUCGUACUCACUGCGAGUGACACGGCGACGGUGCAGCGCAAUAUAUCGUCGAAGCGACACAACAUCUGCUACGAGGCGCGGCUCCUGUCCGGCAAGCCGCGCCGCGUGCUCUGCUGCAUCAGUCCCAAACAACUCACGCUCAAGGACUAUCUCUUCAAGUUCAUCCCCAAGAGGAUCACCAGCUUCCGUCUCUGUCCUUCCACUAAGUUGAUCCUGAAGCCGAGCCCUGCGGGCGCGGGCCCGGGCGGGUCGUUCACGCUGGAGGACGGCGUGCAGCCCCAGCUGGAGCUGGUGUCGGCCGAGCGCGACCUCAUCGCCGCCACCUUCACGCAACUACUCAUCGCCAACUGCGGCGGGGAGGACACGUUCAAGAACAAGCAAGACUUCUUCUACAGUGAGAUCCGCAAGGCCCACUCCCGCCACCCGCACGAGAAGCUCGCCAUCCGCGUCGUCCGCAGCGAGCUACUGCGGUCCAGCCUCAAGGCCACCAGGCACUUCGCCGUGCAGGACUGGUGCAAGAACUUCGACAUCACGUUCCAGGGGGAACAGGGCGUGGACUGGGGCGGAGUCCGCCGCGAAUGGUUCUCGUUACUGUGUGGUCAACUGUUCGAUCCCAAGUUCGGUCUGUUUGUGUCAUUCCACGACUCCCCUACUGGACUCGUACAUCCCAACCCCGAUAGACCGCCGCAUCUCAAGUUGAAGCACUUCGAGUUGGCGGGUAAGCUAGUGGGUAAGUGCGUGUACGAGAGUGCGCUAGGAGGCUCCUACCGACAACUUGUGAGGGCCAGGCUCACGCGGUCCUUCCUCGCGCAGAUCAUUGGACUACGGGUGCACUAUAAGUACUUCGAGCAGGACGACCCCGAGCUGUACCUGUCCAAGAUAAAGUACGUGCUGGAGACAGACCUGGACGGCGGGGACUCCGUGCCCGAGCUGUACUUCGCGGACGACGUGUACGACUCGUCCGGCCGACUCGUCGAGACGCACGACCUCCUGCCCAACGGGGCUACCAUCAGGGUCUGCAACAGCAACAAGAUCUCGUACCUGGACGCGCUGGCCCAGUGGCGCCUGGCCGCGCGGGUGCGGGCCGAGACCGAGGCCUUCCUGCGGGGGCUCGCCGUACUCGUGCCGGACAAUCUACUCGCCAUCUUUGAUGAGAACGAACUCGAGUUACUGCUAUGUGGCACCGGGGAGCUGUCGGUCCACGACUGGCGGACGCACGCGCUGGUGGCCGGGGCGGGCAGAGACUGGGAGCGAGUGCUGGCGUGGUUCUGGGCCGCGUUGUCCAGUUUCACGACUGAAGAGCGAGCCAGACUGCUGCAGUUUACUACUGGGUGCUCGCAGCUGCCUCCUGGUGGAUUCCAGGAGCUGAACCCCCGGUUCCAGAUAACGGCGGCGCCCAACUUCGGCGCGCUGCCGACGGCCCACACGUGCUUCAACCAGCUGUGCCUGCCCGACUACGACAGCUACGAGCACCUCGUGCACGCCCUGCUCUGGGCCAUCAACGAGGGCGGCGAGGGCUUCGGCAUGAUAUAGAUGCCCACCUACUGGGUAUUACACAUGUAUCUGACGCUUUUAAUGAUGGUUCAGGCUACGAAAUUGAGUAACUUCUGUUUUAGUACUUAUGGCAAUGAACAUUUCUUAAAUCGCAGUUCGAUUUGUAUAAAAACUUAAAAUUUUUCCUUGGGAAAAUGCUAAAGAAAAGUUGUUUAGUUGUAUGGCCUGAACCAAUAUGGCCUUCACUUUCAAGAUUUUACUUUCAGCAACUCAGAUGCUUGCUCGAUUUUCCUUAAUUCAAUCUUCUACAAUUAAGUGCUCUUAAACGUUCUUAGCCGAUCUUUUAAUGGCAUUUCAAACUUGUAUAAUUUUACUAAUUUUAUAAUAUUGGUUUAAACCACAAAAAUCGAGCGAACUUCUUUAAAACACGCGUGUACAAUUAAGUAUUUGGUGAGGCAGACUUUAAUAUAUAAAAAUUUGACAUUCAAGACAAUUUGUGAUACAAUCGUCAUUUGAACAUAAUGUUAAUUAAUGUACGUUUUUAUUUAUUUAACGAACGCGUCCAUUGCUGGACAACUGUUUAUAAUUAGCAUUUAAUAUCGUGGGAUCGAAAGUAAUUUCAAUAAAUGUAAGCGAGCGGACUUGAGCUAGUCAACUGUACGCCACAGAAGUAUGUGUCAGUGCAUGCGGCCAGCGGAGGAUGACACCGCGAGAGUCCCGGCGAGCUCCCUGCCGGCGCCGCCGCUGUCCGGCCGGCGCAUGUCGCGGCGCCCCGCGGUAACCGGCAGCUGUAGCCUAAUGCCAUUUAGCGCUUGUCUACAUGUAGAAUAGAAAACCAAAUUAUAUGAGAUUGACGUAAAU